AUGGGAUUGCCGGGAGAAAUCAACUGGCGGGAUUUAUCUGCUGUGCUCAUUUAUGAAGUCAAUGUGUACGAUAUCUGCAACUUCAUAAUUGACAAAUUGCAUGGCGAAGCUCCACCUUUAUCAAACGGUGUAAUCAUCACGAACGUCUCACCUCCAAAGACGAAGGCACCAGGUGACGAUCCCGAGAGAGGAACUCCUCCUCCUCCAAAAAGUCUCCUAGCUCACAAAAUUGCCCUAUUCAAUGGCGCAAAUAACUUCGUAGGUUCCUGCGCCCACAUGUCUGUUGAUCAGAAGGAGGGUGUGAAAGCGCGACGCCAAACAAUCUCAUACUUUGAUUCUUCCAAUGUUAUAAUCCCAAUGCGCCGACUGUUCGGUUCAGGCGAUAUCGGAUUUACUGCCACGUAA